AUGUCACUGGCGGCGCCCCACGAAGCCUCAGAAAAGACUUCAGCGGCCGCGCGUGUGAUGCUCGGCGAUGUCACGAACACUGCAGGCGGGAAGUCGGCCGGCGCCGGGCGUAGGCCCCUGUGCGGCGCUCAAUUUAGCGUGCGAAGAGACCUCGUGGCUGCGGCGGCGCCAUUGAUGGCUGCGGCGGAGCAAAGAAAGUUGCAGACCCCGCGAACGAACGAGCCCACGGGGCAGGCCGCGGAGAGCGGCCAAAAAGGCGGCGGCGUGGUGGCGGGGGGCCAAUGCAGCAACGCCAGGCGCAUUGCCCUCUCGGCGGAGAAAGCGGUCUCCCCACAAAAGUGGAUGCAGCGCCCACUGAAGUUCCUUCGGAAGUAUUUCUUUCUGAAGCGCCUCAACGCCCUGCCCUCCACCCCGGAGGAUAAGAAGCGUUCGACGUCGGCCCAGUUCCGCCGUCUGCACGUGUGCGCGUCGAUCAAAGGCGGUGUUGCCUCUGGACGGCCGCCGCCUCCGCCUCCGCCGACUUUGACCGAGGGCGGUGAGGAGCAUGCAGCGCGUCGCUUUGUGCGCUCACGCUGUUUUGCUGCUCCGACGUCGCGCGUCCUUUUUGCGGCAAAAACGUCGCCCACUGGAGAUUCCGGGCGCAGCGAUGGAGGUGGCAGCGGCGUCAGUGCGACUGCCAAGGUGAGUAUCUCCCGCUAUGAUUCCGCGAAUUUGCAAGCGUGUGAAGGAGAGCUGUCAGUUCUCGUGGGCAGGCAACUGGGCGGGAAUGUGGAUCCACCUCCCCUCACGGGCAGGGAGACGGAUGGCGGGAGUGAGGCGGCGGCGGAGGCGCCCCCACCGAAUCCGACCGCGGGUCACCAAAGCCACUCCCAUAGUCGCUCGGCGAUUGGGGAAGCGGCUUCGCAGACGGAUGGUGUUGAUCUCAGCACCAUCUUGCCCAUUGGCGAUGAGGAGGUGCUCGUUCAGUUGGAGGGGCUCACGACUCCUGUGCGGCAGCCCGUGUUGACCUUGGAUGAGGGCAAAGCUGCUCCUACGCCAGAGAAAGGCACGACAGAAAAGAUGUGUGCUGAACUCUGCACGCUUGGAGACGUGGCUAGAGACUUCACGCCACAGCCCUCCAGCCUGCUGGAAAGGGCCGGUAUCCUUACUGCAGGGAAUAUUAACCACGCAAUGAUGUCCUUCGCAGUCUAUCACUGCCGUAACCUGGAUGAGUCGUCUCAUGCCUUUGAAGGGUUUCUUUUAAGACACUUUCUGGAACAGUUCAAAGUGUACGAGACAGCUGUAUUAGAGGCGGCCUUUGUGGCGGGGUAUACCCACAUGGUCGCGGUCCCAAUGAUGAAACUGUUGGAGAUGGGCGAUCGACGCGUUCUGUGCAUGAAAAGAGAUAUUUACAUCAGAGGCCUGAUUGAGCGCUUUGUCUUGGAGCAGCCAGGGACACGUAGAAGCAAACUCCCUGCGUGCCUUCGCCCCGCUGCCCGUCGGCGCGAGAGUCGUCGACGCCGGCCGGCGCGGCAGGGCGAGGCUCCGGCCAUCCGUCAGGCGGGCCGCAGCAAGUCCACUCGUGGCGAGCGGAGACAGCCGGGCAGCGACGGGUACGAGGUACACAUCAUGGGGAAGGGCGCGGGAGCCAGCCGUGGAGCAGCAGCUGCCGCCUCCAAUCUGCUGCCGAAGACGCCGCCAAAGCCCCCUAGACUGCACGUCUUCAGAGCGGUCCAGCCGGUGCAGAGAAAGCGCACACCGAAGCGUUCACCAAGAGAGGAGGAGCUGAUGGACAUCGUGAAACUCGUCUCGUCGUAA